AGUUUUCUCGUCGCCCGGCUCCCUCCACAGAAACGCUAAUGGCGAGCGCCCUUCGGAGCACCGGCCUCCUACGGCUGGGCUUACGUCACAUCCCCUCCCUCCUCUUCCGCGGGCCCUUGUUCCCCGCCCCGAGCCUGGGUCUGGGCGUCGCCAGGGCGGGGUUGCUCCGGCUCCGAUGCUCGGCUUCCGAGGCCGGCGACGGCAGGGGCAAGAAGGUGUCAGCGCGACUAGCACUGGCGCAGCAGGUGAUGCGCGACGCCGAGGAGCGCGCGGCCUCGGCCGGUUCUGACCCCGCUCCCAAGAUCACCAUGGAUCAUGUUACUGUUAGCUUUGCAAGAAGUGGGGGUGCUGGUGGUCAGAACGUCAAUAAAGUUAACACGAAGGUUGACAUGCGGUUCAAUGUUGAGAAAGCUCAUUGGCUUGGAGAGAGGAUUAAGGAACGGAUAUUGCAAACGGAAAAGAACAGGAUAAAUAGAGACGGUGAACUUGUGAUGUCUUCUACAAAAACUAGGACACAGAAGGGCAACAUUGAAGAUGCUUUGCAGAAAAUACAGGCAAUCAUUGAUGCUGCAUCAUAUGUUCCUCCGCCGCCUUCAGAAGAGCAAAAGAAGAAAAUUGAAAAAAUUGCUGCAGCCGCCGAGAGGAACAGGAUGCAAAACAAGAAGGUACUUUCACAGAAGAAGGAACUUAGACGGAGCAAACCAAGCUGGGAUUGAUUGCAGGAUAGCAGAAAUGACCUCUCUGUUACCUGCUAUAUUGACGUGAUCAAGCUGUCUGCAUGCGUGGUUCUUGGACAUGGCUUCAGCUGAUUCCUGCUCCAGUAAAUGCAAAGAACAAGGAUCCAACAUACAUGGUGAAGGCAUCUUGGUGAAGAUAGCUACUGUAGUUUUUACAGCCGAAUUUUGUUUUCAUCCGUCGGAAACCAGUAAAAAUGUAUAGAACAAGGGCCGUACAUGGACAGGUGAUUGCAUCAUGGUGGGGAUCGCUGUGUUUCACAUAUACAGUUUUUGUUUCAUGCAUCGGAAACAAGCGCCUGACGAGAGACGCUGCUUCUGUCCCGACUCACACUAUGCAUCUGAACUUAGCAGAUGCGUCACAUGUUAACUGGACGCUCGUUUGUAAGACUGUUGCAACCAUUUACCCAAUUAGAAAGGCCAUCUCUUCCA